AUGCCGCUGCUGACGCCCUAUAAGAUGGGCCAUCUGGAGCUCUCCCACCGUGUUGUGCUCGCGCCGCUGACGCGGUGCCGCUCCUAUGGCAACGUGCCGCAGCCGCACGCCGCCGUGUACUACUCGCAGCGCGCCACCAAGGGCGGCCUGCUCAUCGCGGAGGCCACGGGGGUGUCGGCCACCGCGCAGGGGUGGUAUCCGGAGACUCCUGGCAUCUGGACGCAGGAGCAGGUCGAGGCGUGGAAGCCCAUCGUCGACGCCGUCCACCGCAAGGGCGCCUUCUUCUUCUGCCAGAUUUGGCACGUCGGCAGGGUUUCCACCAACGAUUUUCAGCCAGACGGUCAAGCGCCGAUCUCGAGCACGGACAAGCAGCUCCCCCCUGACGCCGAGUCUGGCACGGUGUUCUCCAAGCCACGCCGGCUGCGGACCGACGAGAUCCCAGGGAUCGUCGAUGACUUCAGACGUGCCGCACGGAAUGCGAUUGAGGCCGGGUUCGACGGCGUGGAGAUCCACGGAGCACAUGGAUUCCUCCUGGAGCAGUUCAUGAAGGAUGGCGCCAACGACCGCACCGACAAGUACGGUGGCAGCGUGGAGAACCGGUGCCGCUUCGUGGUUGAGAUCAUCGACGCUCUGGUCCAUGAAGUCGGUGCGAAUCGGGUUGGCAUUAGGCUUUCCCCUUUCGCGGAUUACAUGGACUGUGCGGAUUCCGACCCCUCGGCACUCGGCGACUACAUGGUGCGGCAGCUCAACAAGCAUGAGGGGUUUCUCUAUUGCCACUUGGUAGAGCCUCGGAUGUCCAUCGUCGAUGACCGUAGGCAGAUUCCGCAUAGACUCCUACCAUUCAGGACGGUGUUCAAUGGCACCUUCAUCGUCGUUGGUGGUUAUGACAGGGAGGAAGGAAACAAGGUGGUUGCCGAGGGCUACGCGGACCUCGUCGCAUACGGAAGGCACUUCUUGGCCAAUCCGGACCUAGCUAAGAGGUUUGAGUUAGAUGCGACCCUGAACAAGUAUGAUCGCUCCACCUUUUACACACGAGACCCUGUCAUUGGCUAUACAGACUAUCCUUUUCUUAGCGACGACAGCAAAGACUUACCUGCUCAAGAUUAA